ACCUCCUCCUCCUUCCGUUGAGUCCGCAACAUCCCGACUGGCCGAGGCUGGUGAUCGCAGGCAGCGGCAAGCCCCCACAAGACGGAUGAAUUAGAAAAGCUGCAGUAACCACCGCCACCCCCUUUUCUUUUAUUUAUUUAGUGAAGAGUCGGUCUGUAAACACUGCUGUCCUCAUCUUGACAGUGUGAAGCGGAUACAAGGCUUCCAGUGUGCAGAUUCAACAUGGGGAUCAAGGCUGCCCUCCCCAGAUAUGAGCUGUAUCUCUACACAGCUGUACUCGGCGUGGCCUUGAUAUGGGCAGGCAGUUGGAUAUUUGAAGCUUCAAGUGAUAACAUAAACAGAAAGGCCUUCAAAGAAAGUGUGAAACCAGGAUGGCAUUACUUUGGCAGGAAAAUGGAUGUUGCGGACUUCGAAUGGAUGAUGUGGUUCUCUACAUUCCGCAAUCAUAUCCUUUUUGCUCUCACUGGUCAUGUUAUCUUUGCCAAGAUAUUCACCCUGCUAGCUCCAAAGAUUGGUAUAGAUGGAAGUAAGCACAGAUCCUUGAUCUUUGGUGUGUACGGUGGUUUGGCAGUCCUGGUCACGAUGGGCUGGACCUUCAUGGCUCUGGUUCUGUCUCACUGCAUCAUACUCUACAGCGUUGCCUUGGUCAAAAGCAAGUGGAUGUCCUUUGCAGCUGGCCUGGCCACGCUGGCCUCCAUCAAGCUGGAGCCCUAUAACUCCUGGCAGGAAUCCUUGGUGACGGGAUCUUUUGACCUGCAAGACAUCCUGUUCUAUGGAGGCUGCGGCUUCAGCAUCAUGCGCUGUAUGAGCUUUGCAUUAGAGAACUGUGAGAAGAAGGAUGGCAACUACACAUUCUGUGACCUGCUGAGAUACAACUUCUACCUCCCCUUCUUCUUCUUUGGACCUAUCAUGACGUUCGACAGGUAUUAUGCCCAGGCGAAUAACACCCAGUUGACCCGCAAGGAAAGGGAGAUGUGGAACAUCACCACCAAGGCCUUGUUGCAUCUGGGAGUUAUUCUGGUGGUGGACAUGUUCUUCCACUACCUCUACAUCCUGACAAUCCCCAGUGACAUGAAGCUGGUCACCAAGCUUUCUGACUGGUGUCUGGCUGGUCUGGCUUAUUCCAACCUGGUGUAUGACUGGGUGAAAGCAGCUGUGAUGUUUGGUGUCAUCAACACUGUGGCUACACUGGACCACCUGGACCCUCCUCAGCCUCCCAAGUGUAUCACCAUGCUCUACGUCUUCGCUGAGACGCACUUUGACAGAGGCAUCAAUGACUGGCUGUGCAAGUAUGUUUAUGACUAUAUUGGUGGCGAUCACGAUAAAAUCUUCAAGGAGCUCCUGGCAACCUUCUGCACCUUCGCUAUCACCACCCUGUGGCUGGGCCCAUGUGAGCUGGUGUAUAUCUGGUCCUUUUUCAACUGCUUUGGCCUCAACUUUGAACUGUGGGUGGCCAAGUUCUUCUCCCUUCCGCCAUUUUCUACCAUAGAGGGUGCAAUGGGUGAAGCCAUGUCACGCAGGAUCCGGGGUGUGUUCAACGCUGCCAACUUCUGGACCAUUGUCCUCUACAAUGUUCUCUCCCUGAACAGUUUGGAGUUUGCCAAACUAGUGGGAAGACGACUGAUUUCCAAAGGUUUUCCCCUGUCCACCCUCUCAGUGUUACUUGUAACCUACUGUGGUGUGCAGUUGGUAAAGGAAAGGGAGAGACAACAAGCCCUGCUGGAGGAUCCAGAGCCAGUGAAGCCAGUAGAUGGUGGCAAAGAAAAAGCAGAAUAAACAGACAGGAAAAACUGACUUUCACAGACUUCAUGGUCAACAGCCCCCUCAUAUUGUUCCAUUCUCGGCCUUGCAAACUGCACCGAACUAGACUGUAACAGCCAGUCAGCACUUAUAUUGUUCACAAGCCUGUGUUUUUGCUUGGGUUUGUCAGAAGCGAGGCAAUGUUUUGAACUGUGAAAUAUCCUCAAGUGCUCUUGCUGUAGAUAAUCGCCACAUCCUUUGGCACAAAUCCACCGAUGGUGCAUUUUGUAUUGGUAUUUUAUCUGAACUUAAGAUUGUUUAGCAAAUGAUAGGGCUGCCAAAUAUUUUAAGAGGCUACACCUUAUAUAAUAUAUAUGGACAUACAGUAUUUUAAAGGAAAAGCUACAUUGCUCUGUGUGGUUGUCUCCUGGGUUCAUUUUUGAUUUUUCUCAGAUCUGCACUUCUUCUUUUUUUUUAAUCAUAGACAGUGAUUAUUUUUAGUUAUAUGGGGUCUUAACUCUGCCAUAGAUGUUAGAUCUUAAUCAUCAUAAUGUUUAAUCAUACUGAAAGGGUUAAAAACUUGAAAUCAGAGUGUAAUGAAGAAAAAUAAACAAAGGGUGCUGUGGAGGUCCUCCACAUAGCUAGGAUUUAAAUGUAAUGUAUAUUUUCUCUACUGUCACUAAGCAAUUAUACAUCACAAUGUUUAGGAUAGUCUAUUGUUCAUUGAGAAUGUAUUAGAUGUUGAAAAGAUUGAAUGUAGUUCAACCGUCCAGAGAACGACAGCUUUACUCCACCACCAUAUCGUCUACAAGAGAUUACUGUAGGUCUGACAUUUUGGCAUAUCUCCCCCCCGCCCUAUUUCACAUGAUCCAGACCCUCAGUUCGCUAUGAAAGGCAAGGCAGGGAAUAUGGGUCAGUCUUGUCCUGCCUGUCACCAAAACCUGCUGUGUGUCUUCAGUACAGCAGGCACUGAGAGUUUAUGCAGAUUGUAAUGCCUUGUCUCAUUGUAGGCUUUUUAUUUAAAGGUGUUCAUUUCAAAAGUUUAACGUGAAAUUAAGUUUUAUUUCAUCCAAGAGCAACACAAGUAUGGCUAUGAGUUUGUUUUGUUGCAGUACGGAGAGGGGAUUAAAAUGGAUGUAUUAUUGUUUGCUUGGAUGGAUAAUCACGUUCUGCAUUAAAACAUUUUGACAAUUUCA